AUGCCGACCUUCGUAACGCACGAGAUGUAUACCUGCUCGCAUACAGUAGAGACGGUCCAUCGAAGUUUCGGCAUCGAUAGCAGCUUUAGGCUAGAAUGGAUCCCGGUCCAGUCAAUUUGCCCGUUGUGUUUCUGCAAGUCGCUCCUCGACAACUCUUACGAGCUCGAAUUGGAUGACGACGACGAUGAAGAUCGUCGCCGUAUUCUAAAGAAUCUGCUGCAUCCGUACAAGCGACAGCUCACUAAGCACCUACAGGUGUUGGUGGAGAACAAGCGGUGUGCGAUGUCCGGAAUCCGCAGCAGAUAUUCGGGUUUAAAGCAGAUACGAGUGUUGGAGAAGUUAAGCCGUAUGGCUUUGACGCCCACAAGCCUAGGUGAGUUCCAGGCUGCACUCCAAGCUCUUAUUAACUUCCAAGAGGGUGAGCCUCGUUACCCCACGUACGUCCAGCUGUUAGGAAACGCUAUGACUAUCAGGCUCGUAUAG